CAUUUCUCUCUCUCUCUCUCUCUGCUUCUUCCUCCUCCUCUUCUUCUUCUUCUUCUUCUUCUUCUUCUUCUGUUCGUCAGUUUUCUCAACUCCCAAACUUUAGGCAUUAUCUUGGAUUUCUAAGCUUUUUAUUUGGGGAAUCCUUUGAUUUGUUUGGUGGACUGAAGUUGGAUUUGCAUGAAUGCUUUUCUUAUGCAGCAAUGGGGAAGAAGCCUCUGUGUUGAAUCUCCAUACAAACUUGCAGUAAGUUCCCACUUAAAUUAGGGAAAAAAGGAGACAGCUUUCCGGCAAAUAAGGAAGGAAGGGAGGCUGAUUCGGAUUCAGAUUCUACAUCUGGGAACCCUAAUUCGAAAAUGGGAACGAGAAUGAAAGGGAUCUACAAGGGCUUCAAAUACACCCUGUCUCAAAUAUUCGUGAUGAAGGCAGAGGAGCGUGAGAUGCAGAUUGGGCACCCGACAGAUGUCAAGCAUUUGGCUCACAUUGGGUGGGAUGGCCAUGGCGGCUCUUCUGGGAAUUCAGCCCCCAGCUGGAUGAAUGAAUUCAAGACAGGCCCAGAUUUUGCAGCAACAUCAAUUAACGGGAAUUCUUUCUCUGGCCCUUAUCCAUGGUCCUCACAAGAUUUUAGUGAAUCCAUGAGACAGCCAUCCCCUGAACAACCCGAAACUUGCAAGGAUUCACCGGCAUUGCCCGAGCUCCCAAACAUGAAGAAAAAGCAAAAGAGGAAGCUGAAAUCGAAGUCGACCUCUUAUGUUUCCUCUUCGUUGUGGUCAUCAUCGGCGCGUGGAGCCAAGUCUAAGUUGGGUUUCAUGGAGAACGGAGGCAAGACGACCGACAUCCAAGUUUCAUCGUAGAAUUAGAGAACCCUUUUAUCUCAAUGGUGUGCUAAUGAAAUCUUUUGGUGAUUUCUUCUCUUAUUUAAGGUUGUGAGGACAUUGUAAAGAAUUUGCUAACGUUGUACGAGGAAUUGUUAUGAUGUAUAUUGGUGAUUUAAUAA